UCUGUCCGUGGCAUCGUGACAGCCAAACGGCUGUACCUGUUUUGAUCUAGUUUUUGUUAUUUAAAAGUGUUCUUGGCAUGUUUGGAUAAUGUGCGUUCGCAGCCGUUUGAAAAUCGUCAGCUUUAUUCUAGCUGUGGUGUUCCGCCGCGUGAGAGCUCCUCCACCGAUCCGAGUGACCAUCGAUUGCGGAUCUAAAGAAAGGGAUUCCCUCGGCACACCAGGUCUGGACGGUCGGUUCACAGUCAACUCAUUUUGCAACCUCAUCCACAACUCCAUACCUAAAGCUAUCCACGACGGGCGUGUCAUCUUUCUGGAAGACCAAGAUGGCUUCGGAAACUCCCACGUGCCUAUAUCCAUGCCCCCACCAGAAGGAUUUGUCCCCAAACUCGAACUACCAAAAUUUCGAGUCCCUAAACUAAAAAUACCAACUAUGAAAGUUCCAACGUUAAAACUACAUUCGGAUAAUUUAAAGGCACCAAGAUUAGGUUCAGCUAUGAAGAUUCCGACAUUCAGAUAUGAAGAAGAAGACAGCAGUGCGGAGCGAAUGGAGAAGUUUAAGAAGGGGGUGAGGAAGAUGCUCCAUGUGGUGAAGGUUUUGGGUCAAAUCGACCAAUAUUUGUCUGAUAGAACUAGGAUUAUAGUUGAUAAAUUGUCGAAGGCUUUUGCAGAAUGAUUGUGUAAAAUGUUGUAGUAAUUUUAUAAAGAUGUGUUAUUGAAUUUUCAAAAAAUUCCUUGUUGAUGUUUUUUAUUAAAUAAAUUUCCUCAAUAUAACUUAUUAUGUCAAU